AUGAGAAAUAGGCUGCCUUUUCCCCAGCAAAAAGCCUGUGCCUCGCUGUCGGCAGUGGGAGUGCAAGACAAGCAUAUUUGCAUUCGUGUUCUGCGAGCUCAUUGCUUCGGUGUCAAUGUCCCCUCACCCUGCUUCGUGUUCGACUACACAGACAACCAUACGGUGACAAUGGCACCUCUCAAACUGCUCACAGUCGUCAGUUCCUCGCUCUUCUUCCUGGCCAAAGCCAACGACAAAACCCCAGCCGAACAGGCAACUUAUACUGUAGAGUUGGGUAGGUUUCCCUAUGAAGGAAAGUGCCUCGACGAGGUCAAUGCUGCUCGCGUGGCAGCUGGCCUCAGCCAACUCACAAAAGCAGUUGAUCCAACACACAGGCUGCCUAAAAAAGACAAACCUGACGAAGGAGAGCCUGAUACUGAAUGGGCCUGGCAACCAGUGUGCGAAGCCUUGAUUCCAACCAAGACAAAAUCAAGGAGCUCUGCAGACACUGAGGAUAAAGCUGAGUUCCAGAGCGGCACAUACGCAUACCUUCCGAUUGACGAUCCCAAUUCCGUCGACUGCAAGGCCGUUGUGGAUAAGUGGAAGGAAGCCUACAGCAACUUUGAUGGAUUGCCUCCGGCUAACAAGGAAGAAGAGGAUCUUUACGACACUCAGGAGAACGUGUCAUUCGUGGCCCUGUACAACCCUUCAAAGGAGGCUACUGCAGAUUGCCGUGUCGUCACCUGCACUCAAACACCGGCAGGGGCUUCAAGUGCCAGAAGGAGGCUACUGCAGAUUGCCGUGUCGUCACCUGCACUCAAACACCGGCAGGGGCUUCAAGUGCCAGCGCACGAGGAGGCUCGGGAGAAGGCACAGGCACAAAAGCAUCGGCUUUAA